AGAAAAGUUUUAAAAGAGUUGCCGACCAUGUGUAGCAGGCUUUCAGACUUGUUCCUGGUGAACAUAUUAGCGUUUGGGCUGGAGAUAUGCCUGGCGACUAGCGUCAUCUACAUUCCUCCCAUGCUGCUGGAAGCUGGAGUGCAGGAACGCUUCAUGACCAUGGUGCUCGGCGUGGGCCCUAUACUAGGCUUAAUAUUCGUCCCUCCGCUCGGCUCCGCGAGCGAUGGAUGGAGCAGUCGUUAUGGCCGACGGCGUCCUUUCAUCUGGGCCCUGAGUGUUGGGGUGCUGCUUGGUCUCAUGGUCAUUCCUCAUGCUUCCCAGAUUGCUUCAUUUUUUGCCAAAAAGCACCAGAACGGGCUCAACGUCCUGCUGCUGGUCUCUGCCAUGUGCGUCCUGGAGUUUUGUGGCCAGGCCUGCUUCACCCAUCUCGAGGCCCUGGUGUCCGACCUUUAUCCCGGAGAGAAGGAGAGCCACAGAGCAUUCUCCGUCUUGUCCCUCAUGGUCAGCAUCGGCGGAUGUGUGGGUUAUUUGCUGCCCGCCGUGGACUGGAGCAGCCUGAGCGCGACGGCUUACCUGGGAAGUCAAGAAGCCUUCAUCUACGCUCUCUUCACGGUUCUCUUUCUCAUAUGCCUCAUGACUACAGCCUUCAUCCCAGAGAAGCAGACUCUUGGAGGAGCGACAGAAACGUCCAGGAAAUCUCCAGUCUCAUUCUACGUGUGCUGUUGGCCGAGCAGAAUGAUUUCCAGGGUUCACAUAUUGACGCGUAGCCUGUUUGGCCUGACUGCCACUCUGCCGAGGAUCUUUCCACUCUGCACACACAUGCCCAAGGUCAUCAAAAGGCUGUUUAUGGCCAAGCUGUGCAGCUGGAUGGGUAUUCUGACGUUCAUGUUGUUUUAUACAGACUUUGUUGGGGAAAGAUUGUAUGACGGUCUACCAAGUGCCAAGCCAGGCUCACCGGAGAGACUACGCUAUGAGAAAGGUGUGCAGAUGGCUAGUGUCGGGCUCUUCCUGCAGUGCGUAACCUCUGUGUUUUUCUCUCUGCUGAUGGAGCGCAUGGUGGCACGUGUCGGUGCCCGAAUCAUUUAUUUAAGUAGCAUGGUACUGCUCACAUUGAGCACAGCUGUAAUGAUCGUGUCUAAAAAUAUCGUCCUGGUGACUGCGAUGACCACGGCGACCGGAUUCACCUACAGCACAUUACAGAUCCUGCCGUAUACCCUCACCUGCCUUUAUCACUCAGACAAGCAGGUGUUCUUCUCCAGCAAUAAACACAGUCUGGCAUCCAGCAAGAAUGAACUGGACAUGAAUAAAUCAACCCAAAUUCAGUCUGCUGCCAAGUACAGAAGCACAAACGGCUGCUUAAAUGGGCAUCCAGUGGGCACAAAACCAGCCACACCUGCUACAAAACCACCCACCUCCGCUACAAAACCAUCCACAACAAAAUCCGCUGCUUUGCACUCAACGCAUUGUCAUAUUUCUCUGCAGAUGGACACGUUGUCUGGCUUAAACCAGCCCCCGAGGGGUAUGGGUUUGGACCUGGCCAUCCUGGACAGUGCUUACCUUCUCUCACAGGUCGUGCCAUCUCUCUUUAUGGGUACGAUUGUGCAGCUUUUUAGCAGUGUGACGGCGUAUAUGGUGUGUGCUUCAGUUCUUAGUCUGCUAGCAGUCUACUUUUCCAGCAGGGUUGUCUUCAAUAGGGAGGACAUGGAAACACUUGGGUGAUUAUUUUCAUCUGUAUUUAUAUUGUAAAAUGUUAGACUGGUAUUUAAUGUAUAUUAUUAUUAUUUUAAUUAUUAUCAUUAUUUAAAGGUCGCCCUGAGCAAGUACUGACAUUGUCAAAUGUUUGUGCCCUGAAAG